AUGGCCACGCCGCUGCUCGAAGAUCCCCCUGUCUCCACCGCCCUCAAAGCCCAAGAUCCUCCUGGCGCAAACCCCAAUAUCGCCGGCCCUUCCAAUGCUACAACAACCCUCUCUCUCGCUCCUCCGGCUAGCGCGCCCACAGACCAGACAGCCGCGGGCAUCGCCGCGCCGGCCGCCGCCACUGCCGCGGGGACUGUCGUGAUCAUCUACGGUCAGAACCAAGAGCAUAUUGUACAACUGGUAGCGGAGGUUCUGGGGAAGCCAUGGACAACGGACGCGUCACUUGGGAUGCUUGCGCGAGCCAACGAUGCAGUGGUAGUGGGGAUACUAGCGCACGACCUAGCGGGGAGCUUGCAAGGAUGCGAGCGAUCAUGUCUGAUUCUGGUAAACACGUACUGUGUGGAAAACGGGUCUGCGCCGGACGACUCGCUCACCGAGAGUUGUGACUAUGAAUUCUUAUAUUCGCGGAGUCCGUUCCUGCGUCGGGAUCUGUCGCGGUUUUUGUCUUUGAUUUUUGGUCAGACGAGGCCGCAUGAUGAUUUGCGGACGAAGACCAGGACGAAUUUUAUUUCGACUACUUUUCCUGAUGUACAUGCUGCUUUGCCCAAUUUAGAUAUCCUUUCUGUGGGAUCUGACGCCGUUGAGAUCCGUGUGGAUUUGCUGGUUGAGCCUGUGCCGAAGGGUUGGACAACUCCGCCUGUUCCGAGUUUGAAGUAUGUUGGCCAGCAGUUGAUGUUGUUGCGGCAGCAUACGGAGUUGCCGAUUAUCUUUACUGUUCGUUGUACAAGGGAGAAUGGGAAGUUCCCGAUGGAUGACCCAGCGCUGUUUUACAGGUACCUGCGGCGCGCGAUACAGUGGGGAGUUGAGUAUGUCGAUGUCGAACUGUGGCUGCCCGAGGAGAUCCGGCGCCAGCUGUUUGAGAAAAAGGGCCAUAGUAUGAUUUUAUCUGCGUUCCAUGACUUCUCCGGGACCUGGAAGUGGACGUCCGAAGAGGCGCAGCGCAUAUUCACGGAGAGCGCCAAAUACGCCGACAUAGUGAAGAUGAUCGCCAUGGUUCACACAAUCGAGGAGAACUACGAACUAGAAUACUUCCGCUCAACCAUCAAAAGCCGCGGCGCAGGCCCACCCCUGUCAGCAGUCAACAUGGGCCAAAUGGGCCAGCUAUCUCGAGCCCUUAACACCGUCUUCUCUCCAAUCACCCACCCCCUCCUCCCAAUGAUCGCCGCCCCAGGCCAGCUAACCGCGGCGGAGAUCAACGAAGCCCUACACAUAAUGGGCCAACUCCCCAAACGCGAGCUCUACGCCAUCGGCUCGUUCCGCUCAACCCCACACUCAAUGUUCAUGGAGAAAUGCCUAAAUGAACUUGGCCUCCCGCACAACUUCACCUCGGUCGACCGCGGCCCAAAAGGCUCCAUGGAAUCCGUCCUCGUCCAACCGCACUUCGGCGUCCCAACCACAACUGGUUUCAUCCCCGCAGCCAGCGACGCAGCCCGCGCAAUCGGGUUAGUCGACACAAUCGCCAUGACACCGGGCGAAGCCGCACCAGGAACCUCCCGAUUCAUCGGCGAAAACGCCGCCUGGAAGGGCAUCCGCGCAACCCUGACGCGCGAAUACGUCCCAUCCGCGUACAGCAGCCGCGCAGCGAUCAUCCUCGCCAGCUCCCAGGCUGACGCUUCAGCGGCGAUCUUCGCACUACGCAGUCUAGCCGUUGGCACGAUCUACACAGUCGGGUUCAAAGCGAGUGGCCCGCUCGCUGCAGGUCUUGAGCCGUUCACAUCCAUCCAGUCUGUCAAACGGGUUGAGCAGCCCUUUAAAUCGCUGCUCGUGCAGCCUUUGCUGAGACAUUAUGGUGUUAAUGGUCGUUGCUCGCCGCCUUGUACUCGUGGGAGGGUUUAUCUUGAUCUUACCAGUGGGCUGAGGAAGGGGGAUCCUUUGGCCGUUGCCACUCGUGCUGGAUGGACAGCCUAUGGCGUCGAGGACGUUAGUGCUUGGACUACUGUUGAGACGCUGAGGUUGCUUGUUGGGCAGAAUGUGCCGUUUGACUUUGUGCGCAUGGCGUCUGGGAGGCCUCUGUUCUAG